CUUUAGGGGAAAAAUAUCUGGCAACUUUGUAUAAUUAAGGAGCUGCUUGUGGCAACGUGGUGGCAACUCUUUAUGUAGGUAUUGAAUUAUUCGGGCUUUUGAUGAAGAUUUGAAUUUGCAAUCAUGAAACUAAAUAUAUCUUAUCCUGCUACUGGCUGCCAAAAACUUAUUGAAAUUGACGAUGAAAAAAAGUUGCGUAUGUUUUAUGAAAAACGUAUGGGUCAUGAAGUUGAAGCUGAUGGCUUAGGAGAUGAAUGGAAAGGUUAUGUAGUGCGUAUUAGUGGUGGAAAUGACAAGCAAGGAUUUCCAAUGAAACAAGGUGUGUUAACAGCUGGUCGUGUAAGGCUUCUGCUGUCCAAAGGCCACUCGUGUUACAGACCACGAAGAACUGGUGAAAGAAAAAGAAAGUCUGUAAGGGGAUGUAUUGUUGAUUCUAAUUUGAGUGUUCUUUGCUUAGUAAUUAUUAAGAAAGGUGAUCAAGAUAUUCCUGGCUUAACAGAUACUACCAUCCCUCGUAGACUUGGACCAAAGAGAGCCAGCAAAAUAAGGAAACUAUUCAACUUAGCUAAAGAUGAUGAUGUUCGUCAGUUUGUUGUCAAAAGACCUCUUCCUCAAAAAGAAGGCAAAAGGCCUCAAACUAAAGCUCCAAAAAUUCAGAGACUUGUAACUCCUGUCAUGCUUCAGCGUAAGCGUCAUCGUUUAGCUUUAAAACGCAAAAGGGCUCAGAAACGAAAAGAUGAAGCAGCAGAAUAUGCCAGACUUUUGGCACAAAGGGCUAAGGAAGCUAAAGAAAAACGUGCAGAAGAAGUUCGUCGUAGGCGGUCUGCUUCUCAGAGGGAAUCCCAGUCGUCUGCUGGUGGAAAAAUCAGUGUCAGCAAAUGAAUAAAUAAAAUAGAAUAAAUUUGACUGUGCUGAGAA